GCUUACCGGCAGAUACAAACACUUCACUAAGCACUUAUAAAAAAAGGUGCUGAGAAUUUAGUUUCAGAUUUUAUGGUGCUAGAAAUCUGUGUGCAGGAUCACAAAGAAAGGGAAAAAAAUCUUCAACAUUCAAAGUCUUCAUGCAAAGUAGAUCAUGGCUUCUAGAAUUCUUUCCACUCUGCAUAAUGUGUCUUCUUCUUCUUCUUCUUUUGUCUCAACCACUAAACGUUGCUUAGGUCUAUGUUGUCUCUGGCAUAGAAGUUUAAGUGGAACUGGUGCCUCUGUUGCUGCUGAUAUAGAGCCUAGCAAGCCACCAGUGCAAAUUGAACAUAAUCAGCUUCUGAUUGAUGGAAUGUUUGUUGAUGCAGCUUCUGCAACUUUUGUUCUGUCAGGAAAAACUUUUCCAACCAAUGAUCCUAGGACUGGAGAUACAAUUGCCAAAGUAGCUGAAGCGGAUGUUGAAGAUGUAAAUCGCGCUGUACGUGCAGCUCGCAAGGCUUUUGAUGAGGGACCAUGGCCAAAGAUGACAGCUUAUGAAAGAUCACGAAUAAUUUUGCGUUGUGCUGAUAUAUUGGAGAAACACAAUGAUGAAGUUGCAGCAAUUGAAACAUGGGAUAGUGGGAAGCCUUAUGAACAGGCUGCAAAUGUUGAAAUACCUAUGGUGGUACGCUUGUUCCGAUAUUAUGCAGGUUGGGCGGAUAAAAUUCAUGGUUUAACAGUUCCAGCUGAUGGAUCAUACCAUGUUCAAACCUUGCAUGAACCUAUUGGAGUAGCAGGGCAGAUUGUUCCUUGGAAUUUCCCACUUCUUAUUUUUUCAUGGAAGGUUGCACCUGCAUUAGCUUGUGGUAAUACAGUUGUAAUGAAAACUGCAGAACAGACACCACUUUCUGCCAUUUAUGUGUCAAAGCUAUUUCUUGAGGCAGGACUUCCUCCUGGAGUUCUGAAUGUUAUCAGUGGCUUUGGUCCUACUGCUGGUGCAGCUCUGUGUACUCAUAUGGAUGUUGACAAGCUUGCUUUCACAGGAUCCUCUGAGACAGGUAGAAGGGUAUUAGAACUCUCAGCACGCAGUAACCUGAAGCCAGUAACUCUGGAGCUGGGUGGAAAAUCUCCAUUCAUUGUCUGCAAGGAUGCUGAUAUUGAUGCAGCUGUUGAAGCGGCACAUUCUGCAUUAUUCUUUAAUCAGGGGCAAUGUUGUUGUGCUGGUUCUCGCACAUUUGUUCAUGAAAGCAUAUAUGAUGAAUUUGUGGAAAAGGCUAAAGCUCGUGCUACUAAACGUGUAGUUGGAGACCCUUUUAAAAGUGGGGUUGAGCAAGGUCCUCAGAUUGAUUUUGCACAAUUCGAGAAGAUCCUGAAAUACAUAAGAUCAGGCAUUGAAAGUGGUGCUACACUGGAAUCUGGUGGUCAAAGAGUUGGCUCAAAAGGCUACUACAUCGAACCAACUGUUUUCUCAAAUGUUCAGGACGACAUGUUGAUAGCAAAAGAUGAGAUAUUCGGUCCGGUACAAUCUAUCCUGAAAUUCAAGGAUCUAGAGGAGGUGAUAAGAAGGGCCAAUGCAACUCAUUAUGGCCUGGCUGCUGGAGUUUAUACUCGGAAUAUAGACACUGCCAAUACCUUGAUGAGGGCAUUGCGAGUUGGAACAGUAUGGAUCAACUGCUAUGAUGUGUUUGAUGCAGCAAUACCUUUUGGUGGAUAUAAAAUGAGUGGUCAAGGAAAAGUAAGGGGAAUCUACAGCCUUAGAAGCUACCUUCAAGUUAAAGCUUCUGUCACUGCUCUUAAGAAUCCUGCAUGGCUCUAGUUUUCCACUACCUAAGUGUUUUUGUUCAUGAUGUCUUGUCUAAGAAAAAGAACCACCAAUGCUGCAUCUUUCAUGGAGCAUUCCUAAGGCAUUGAAUUUGCCAAAGUAUUCCUAAUGCCAUUGUUUUUAAACAGUAAAUGAAAUUAAUACAUGUACUUUUAAGGUUCAAGUAAUCAAAGAAUGGUUGUUUGUGCGUA